AUGUUUUGUCCGCCCUUGGGAGCUUCGGCCGACGUCAGUCGCCGCCAGCCCGACUCCCCCACGGCGACACGCGGGCUCUCACUCUCUGCUCUCCCACCUCCGGAUCUCCUGUAUGUAUCGAUAACGCAUGAUUUGUGCCCCGCUUCUAGCGACUGUCUCCAGAAACGCACGCCUACCGCGGGGAUGAGUACACCGCAGGCAGACCUUCAAAGCGACAACUGCGAUAACCCCAAUGGGCCCACCAACGAGACAUCGGCAGCACCCUCCGACUCCAGCCCGUCCCAUACCGAGCGCGUGGAUCGUACAUCUAGCCCUGAGGGCCUGCGACCGCCAUUACCGCCGCGACCGAACACACUAAGCUUGUUGAAUGAUGAAGCCGCAGCGCGGGCACCAACACUACAAGCGGAGGCCACAACGGCCGUAUCUCGAACAGAGAUCGGUACCCAGUCACCAGAAACUACAGGACAAUAUUCAAACCCGAUCGUUCGAGGGCUAUCGCGGGGUCUUAAGGCGCGGGCGAGCCUAAGCCAACUAGCCAGCCCGAAGGAUAGCGAUGCAGGGGACUCGGCAAGCAUCCGCAGUUCUAUACAGAAUGGCGAUCUUGGGGAGGUAGAGGCUUUGUUCACAGAUUUCGUGAAUACAGUACCAGCGGGUUCAGCGGACGCGUCGAGCUUGCUUCACUAUCCCGAAUUCCCUGCUGAUAACGUGAACGAUGAGGAAUUUCUGAAUGAGUUUGACACGAUUGGAGAACUAGACGAGAAUGCUGGGAACGAAGAUUUGCUGCUUCAACAGUGGAAAGCCAAGCAAAAACAUUACAUGAUUCUAUCGGCUGCUGGUAAGCCAAUUUGGACUCGCCAUGGUGACAGUGGAUUGGUAUCAACAUAUGUGGGCGUCAUCCAGACCAUAAUAUCAUUCUAUGAAGAUUCAAAUGAUCGGCUCCACGGCUUUUCGACUGAGGAUACUAGGUUCGUGAUCUUGACUCGUGGUUCACUACAUUUGGUCGCGAUCAGCCGCUUGAUGGAAAGCGAUACUCAACUACGGCUUCAGUUAGAGGCUCUGUAUAUGCAGAUUCUCUCUACACUGACACUUCCAUCCCUCACGCAUCUAUUCUCUGUUCGUCCAUCCACAGAUUUGAAGCGACCGCUGCAAGGAUCGGAGACACUUUUGUCUUCACUAGCGGAUAGCUUCACGCGUGGAUCACCAUCUACUUUGCUGUCGGCAUUGGAAUGUCUCAAGAUUCGCAAAAUCCAUCGCCAGGCAAUCAAUACUGCGCUUCUCAAGACAAAGGCCAAUAACCUCCUUUACGGCUUGGUUGUGGCUGGGGGGCGUCUUGUGAGCGUCAUCCGGCCCAAGAAACACUCUCUACAUCCGGGUGACCUUCAACUUCUCUUCAACAUGGUUUUUGAGGCUGAUGGUGUUAAAGCUGGUGGCGGUGAGAGCUGGAUUCCCGUCUGUCUGCCUGGCUUCAACAGUAGCGGCUAUCUAUAUAUGUAUGUCAGCUUCCUCGAUCUUCGUAAUGAUAUCGAGGACGAUGAUAUCUCGAAAGACGAAUCAGUCGCGAUUGUCCUGAUCAGCCCAGAAAAAGAAAGCUUUUUUGACAUGCAAGCAAUGCGUGACUCUCUGGUUGAGCAAAUGCAAAAGAAUGGUAGCCUGGAAGCCAUCAAGUCUGCCGUUGACCAAGGUCGACCAACAACCACGGACAUCGUCCCUGGGACAGUGCUACAUCACUUCCUAUACAAGUCGCGCGCUAACGUCCAGUUCACUAUGUCAUCAUAUGACCCCGAAUUCACUUCGAUAUCUCGACGCCGAAGACUAAUGUCGACAUACAACAAUCUCCACGCAAGCAUUCACGCCAAGAACACCCAUGUCAAGGUACAUCACUGUGUUUCGCGAUCAGCAACCUCGUUCGCAUGGGUAACUCCGGUCUUUGAGCUUUAUUGUAUUGCUGAGCCAAACGCAAAUCGAAAUGCUUUGGUUCAGAGCGCUAGCAAAGUUGCUCAAUGGGUUCAACAAGAAGAGGAACGGCUAUUUAUAAUAGGUGGUGCGGUCUUCUAA